UGCGAACAUAUGGUUCCAUUGAAAAAGCCUUGCGCUCAAUAGGACCCUCCGGACCUUGCCAUUUCCAUCGAACUUCCUCUUUUGGGGACAAAGGCAUCUCUUUUUAUCCGUCUGAAUCAGUAAAGAACUAGAAUCUGUCUCGUUGGCGCCAUGGAAAGCCUCGUAAGGUGUCCACAGCACAACGGGACAACAAAUAGCGACACUCCGGAGCAGGAAGACUGUCACUCUGCCAGCUCAGGUUCUUUAGUUGAGCUGCGUAGCAAACGCUUUUUGCGGAACUCUACGGACGAUGCGGAUUGCAGAGCCCUCACCGCCACUGUAUCAGCAAGUCUUUCGGGAAAGAGCGCUGCCCGGACAUCUAGCCAGUCGUCAGACCAAGCCGGGGUGCAGUCACUACCAAAUACCGCCAUUAGCGCCUCGGAGAGUGAGCCGCUCUUGAUGGGCUUCCAUUCUUUCGAUGCCCUUGAUUCGAUCGAUCUUCCGGCCUAUGUCGACGAACACAAUGCGACUCUUUCGUUCCCAGAGAAGCUGAUGUUGAUGUUGAUGCAUAUUGAGCAGGAAUACGCAAAGUCUGGGAAACGAGAAAGUGAUGCGCCUAUCGGCUGGGUACUCGAUGGUCGAGCUUUUGGAAUUUACAAUAAAGAUGGCCUUGUCAGUGCGUGGCUUCCAAUGUUUUUUCGACAGGCAAAGUACUCAAGCUUCACCAGAAAACUUUACCGAUGGGGAUUUCGUCAGGUGACGAUUGAUGGGGAUGCUGAAACAGUCAGCACAAGCAUAAAGUACUUUGGAAACGAAAAUUUUCAGCGACAAAGGAAGGCUUUGUUGUCCAAUAUGCGAAGUGUGACAGCUGCUGGGACACGGCGCGAAGAAGCUGCACAAUCGAUCGUCGACAGGGGUUCCAAGAAGACAAUCGAGCCGGCAGAAGAUGCUACAAGAACAGCUCCGGUAUCAUCAAUCGUAGAAUCUACAGGCCUAGAUGCAGCCUCUAGUAACCACACCUGCCUCCCGGUUGGACUGCAGAACCCUUUCGCGAUAUCAUAUACGGAAGCUUUUCAGAUUCCAACGCUUCAUGCUGCAAUUCAGGCAUUCAGUCAAUCAAAUCGUUUACCACUUCCAAGCGAAAUAGCGAUCUCUCCGGACAUUUCCUUUCAGGCGAAUCAAGCCCUUGCCGCUGGAAUUUUGGGCUCGUUGUCGCCUCAAGUCAACCAACCACAGCCGUGGAUGAUCCAACACGCCCUGUCAAUCGCUCAAGCGUUAGUUGCGCAGCAUAUGGCUCAACGACAACUCUUCCAUCUACCCCAAGAUACAGCCACAAACCAAUACCUCUUGAAUCUUUCACGCAUAACUGCAAAUGUCACUUCAGCCGGGCAACAAAUGGUCCCAGUAUCGCAAGCGCCUCUUACAUCAAUUAGCCCAGCUCCAGCCAACUCUUUGCUAUCGCAGCUACCGGCUGAAUCGUCUCCACAACAAAUGACUGAGACCGAUAGCUCAGGGCCCUUGUUGAGGUAUUUCUGA